UCGGCGCGCACGCGCAGUCGUAGGAGUGUUUUGACAGCUCAGGCCGAGGAGAAGGAGCCUGCGUCGCGAGAGUGGGCGGCGCGCCGCCUAGGGAGCGCUGUCCUUAUGGCGAGCCUGGGAAGCGAGGCCGAGCGGGAGCCUCUCCUGGGCCCCGGCUCGCCCGGAAGCAGAGAAUGGGAUGUGGUAGAGACCCAAGAGCAUUACAGAAGUAGAUGGAGAUCUGUUAGGAUUCUCUACCUUACCAUGUUCCUCAGCAGUGUGGGUUUUUCUAUUGUGAUAAUGUCAAUCUGGCCAUAUCUUCAAAAGAUUGAUCAGACAGCCGAUGCAAGUUUUUUGGGCUGGGUUAUUGCUUCAUUUAGUCUUGGCCAAAUGGUAGCUUCACCUCUAUUUGGUUUAUGGUCUAAUUAUAGGCCAAGAAAAGAACCUCUUAUCGUCUCCAUCUUUAUUUCGGUGGCAGCCAACUGCCUAUAUGCAUAUGUCCACGUGCCAGCUGCUCAUAAUAAAUACUACAUGUUGAUUGCUCGUGGAUUGGUGGGAUUUGGAGCAGGAAAUGUAGCUGUUGUUCGAUCAUACAUUGCUGGUGCUACUUCCCUUCAGGAAAGGACAAGUGCCAUGGCCAAUACAAGCACAUGUCAAGCCUUGGGCUUUAUUCUGGGUCCAGUAUUUCAGACUUGCUUUGCACUCAUCGGAGAAAAGGGUGUAACGUGGGACAUCAUUAAACUGCAGAUCAACAUGUACACAGCACCAGUUUUACUUGGCGCCUUCCUGGGAAUUCUAAACAUUAUUCUGAUUCUCUUUAUAUUAAGAGAGCAUCGUGUAGAUGAUUCAGGACGGCAGUGUAAGAGCGUGAAUUUUCAAGAAGAAACUACAGAUGAAGUUCAUAAUCCCGAAGGAAGUAUUGACCAAGUCGCUGUUGUGGCUACCAAUGUUCUGUUUUUUGUGGUUUUGUUUAUCUUUGCCCUUUUUGAAACAAUCCUCACUCCAUUAACAAUGGACAUGUACGCCUGGACCCAGGAGCAGGCUGUGCUCUAUGAUGGAAUAAUUCUUGCUGUUCUUGGAGUUGAGGCAGUUAUUGUUUUCAUGGGGGUUAAAUUACUUUCCAAAAAGAUUGAUGAGCGUGCUAUUCUCCUGGGAGGACUUGUGGUUGUAUGGGUCGGCUUCUUUAUCUUGUUACCCUGGGGAAAUGAGUUUCCCAAAGUACAGUGGCAAGAUUUACACAACAGCUCAAUCCCUAAUACUACAUUUGGGGAAAUUAUUAUUGAUCUUUGGAAUUCUCCAAGAGAAGAUCACAGUGAACAGCCAACCGGGUGCCCAAUUGAACAAGCCUGGUGCCUGUACACUCCGGUGAUCCAUCUGGCCCAGUUCCUGACAGCGGCUGUGCUAGUUGGAAUAGGCUAUCCAGCUUGCAACGUCAUGUCCUAUACACUAUAUUCCAAAGUUCUAGGACCCAAACCUCAGGGUAUGUACAUGGGCUGGUUAUCUGCUUCUGGAAGUGCAGCACGGAUUCUUGGGCCUGUGUUCAUCAGCCAUGUGUACACUUACUUGGGCCCGCGGUGGGCAUUUAGCCUUGUGUGUGGAAUAGUGGUGCUCACCAUCUCACUCAUGGGAGCUGUUUACAGAAGACUUGUUGCCUUUUCUGUCAGAUACGGGAGGAUCCAGGAAUAAGCUAGCAGUCUCCAACCCAGCCUUGAAUAGCAAAACCAUGCUGAGUAACUUAACUAUGAAUGGUAAGAUGUGCAAAAAUGUUCUGGGUCAUAACCUCCUUAUCCAAAGUGAAUUAUCUUCCUUAUACCUUAUUGGAGUUCCAUGAACUCAACAGUGGAUAUAUAAUGCUCUAUAGCUGUGAAACUGGACUCCAUGUAAACUGUGGAACUCUCUCUAAAACAAUGGACUACUGCAGUGGAACUGGAGGAAAGUUCUGUUUUAAUCAGCCAGAGUAGAAUGAAAUAUUUUUUUAAAACAAAGAUGCAAGUAUUUUAAUCAUCUUUAAUUUUUUUUUAAAUAAAAAUGUACUAGUAUUCAGCUUCCUAAUGAAAUAAAACUGAGCCUUAAAUUCUUUUAGCCCACCCGCCACCAGACAAGGCUUUAGUUUUUCUUUCCUGCCUAGGGUGAGCCCAUUAUCUCUUCUUAAUGUAAUUUGCACAUUGCACCUCUAUUUAUUUUAGAAUCUCACUUCUAAAUUAACCUGUGAGCAAGAAUAAUGCUAAUAUCUGAGGACUAAAGAGGACUAAGGGUCAAGGUGGCUUUUACUGCCUUUACAAGGACUACAUUUUCAAGUGCUAGUCAAUUCACAUUAGAAACAUAAGACAAAUGUGUUCUUAAUACAGUAUUAACAGCAAAUGGAUCCUUAAAAUUAUCACUAUUUUCCAAGUCCUUUAAACUCUAGUGCAAACUUUGACCUUUUUUAGUGUCCCAUCUCAGUAGUGAGAGGAACAGCUGUUUCCAGCCUGUCUGCAGACCCAUCAUAGCAGCAGUUCUGCAGCUGGACUUUGAAUGCUGUUGACACUGCCGUCUGGUCAGGCUGUGAUUUGAGGCAGAAUGGCCAAAGGAGACUAAUCAAACGGCAUAGUUUCUACCUCUGUGUGACUAGAGCACUGCUAUAUGUACGGGAAUCACUGCACACCAUGCACAAGUGUUUUCCCAUUCUGUGACUGUGAACUUCGUACUCAACUAUACAGUCUGCUGAAGCCAUCACACUAAAUGAUGGCAGCAUUUUGCUUCAGUCCGUUUCUGUUGUCAGGCCCUGGAUCUUAGUCUUUAGGGUCACUUCUGACCUUAAACUCUACCUUUGUGUACUAUGCAGAGACAGAAGUAUUAACCCCUUUGAACGAGAGUUCUCUCCAAGUUCCUGUGUAUCACACUAGUUUCUCACACCAAUAUUAGGGCUGAAGAUAAGAUUCUGCUUCCCUGAUACAGUCAAAUGAAUGGAGGCAUAGUUCUUAUCUAAAUGUCUUCAGAGGCUACCUCUUGAUUGCUAUACUUUUCAGAAUAGGAAAAAUGCCCGGAAGUUAUACUAUCAGUUACUUAACUGUGAGGAACUAUUUGCACUAGUGACUCAGAUUUGCAGAAAUAUCUGGGGAGAAUGAAGAAUGAAGAAGCUUUUUUAUCAGCACACCACAUGCCCAGCAAGAACAUAACACAAGUUUCCCAGCCCUAGAAUUAUACUACUAUAAUUCAGGUAAUUAUAACCUUGCAGAAGUGACUGCACCUUCUUUUUUACUGAGGAAUGUGUUUCUUGGGAGAGUAGACCAACGCACACCUCGCCACCAAAGUAGUGCGGGAAGUGACAGGCUUAGGGAAAGAAGUAGGGAGGGAAAGUUAGCACACGUGAAGUCUUCAGUAGAACACAGUGAGGGUAAAGUGAGAAGCAGACAACGACUGUAAGGCAUGAAACUGUUAGUGUGUAUUAAAGAAGGGCUCUUGAAAACCUAGCAAAGGGUGAUUUCCUUAUUUUGAAUGGAUUGUCACUUCAUAAAGCAUCUCUAGCCACUAUGCUUCUCUAUAAAACAAGCUUUUCAAGCUCAUUUCAUGUAUUAAAGUGAAAUAAACUUGUAAUUUUUAAUUUAAUGAUGAUAAACUAUUUGUAUCAGUUUAAGAAUAACUUGUUUUAAGAGAAAAUUCUGGCUACCAUUUACUGUUGAAGAUUUAUUUAUAACUUUGUCUUACACUGUGAGUGUUCAUUUCAAAUAAAGCAAGAUUGUAAGGAUUUGUAUCUGUCAACUUUCAGUACAUAUUAAGAAGCCCCGAACACAUUCCUAUUCCCAUGUACUCGUUGAAAUUUGAGCAGUAACUGCUAGGCUUAGAACCUCAGACUCUAAUUAGCUGGUACAGAUACUUAAGAGGUUGGCUGUGGGAAAGAAAGGUGAGGAAAGGUAAUAGAGACCAGAAGGAGUCCAGCUGUAAGAGCAGCACUAGGAAAUCUCUAGGAAAAGAAGGAUCUGCUGAUACCUGGUGUAAGAGAUGACUGGAGUGGGAAAGGGUGGGACAAAUGCACUCUAGGCAGAAGGCAGGAUUGCACACAACCUAGAGGUAAGGCAUUUGGGGAGGGGUCCAAAGUGGCCGGAGUGUAGGGACUGGAAAGUCCUAUUAGUUAAAUAUGGAUUCCUUAUUAAAUUCAAGGUUCUAAUUAUAAAGAAAAGAUGAACAGUAUAUCAUGAACUACAUUGACAAAUGACCAUAGUAGAUCAAAUCUCAAUAUAAGUGAAAUGAUAAACCUCAGUAAUGAUGCCUAACAUUUAACUUACAAGAUUAAAACUUCACGUUUUUAUGUGGUCCACGGGUUUAGAGUGCUUACUGCUUAUUGUGGACUCAGAACCAACACGGAGGCUUACAACUGCCUGUCACUCAGACCCAGGGUAUCUGACCCCCUCUGACCGCUGUGGGUGAAAUAAAACUUCUUACAAAAGGUGCCUAGAUACUCCUAACAAAGUUCCUCCCUCUUGACCUAGCAAGGCAGAGGGUCCUGUGCAAGUUAAUGGCCUCCCUCUGCCCAGAUGAAUGGUUUUAGUGCCUAACAGCCACAGUCCCCUUAUCGUCCCAAGCCCCCUCAGGUUCCAUGUUUGUCUGUCCAGUACCCUCUUCUCUCCUGGGGCAAUGCAGAACUCCUAGCAGAGAAGAUGGAAAAAGACAGCUCAUGGGUUAAACCAAUAAAAGCCCAGUCUCCAAAAAAAAAAAAAAAAAAAAAAAA